AUGACCGUAACCGACAAAGCCGCAAAUCUAAUUAGUCCCGCCAAAGGACUCCCAAGCAUAGGCCUACCAUCAUACCAAUGGUGGAGUGAGGGUCUGCACGGCAUCGCCAACAGCCCUGGUGUCACGUUUCAAACCCCUAAUGGCUCCGAUUUCAGCUACGCAACCAGCUUUCCCAUGCCAAUUCUCAUGGCCGCGGCUUUCGAUGAUGAUCUGAUUUCGAAAGUAGCUGCCGUAAUCGGCAAGGAGGCUAGGGCGUUCGCUAAUGCUGGUAUGGCCGGAUUCGAUUUUUGGACGCCAAAUAUCAAUGGGUUUCUGGAUCCUCGGUGGGGAAGAGGAUUAGAAACGCCCGGUGAAGAUAUUUUUCGUAUACAGAAUUAUGUGAAACGUCUGGUUCCCGGUUUGCAGGGAGUGAAUGACAGGGACAGUGUGAGGCAGGUGAUUGCCACUUGCAAGCACUAUGCUGUCUUCGAUGUCGAGACGGAUCGGUUUCGUAAGAACUACGACGUAACACAACAGGAUUUGGGGGACUACUAUCUCCCCGCUUUCAAGACCUGUGUCCGAGAUGCGUUUGCGACGAGUAUCAUGUGCUCAUACAAUGCUGUCGAUGGUGUUCCAACGUGUGCGAGUGAAUAUUUACUCCAGACGCUUCUGAAAGACACAUGGAACUUCACAGCGGAUAACAAUUACGUCGUCUCCGAUUGCGACGCUGUCGAAAAUAUCUAUGAUGCCCAUCAUUUCACCUCCAGUAUAGAGGGCGCAGCGGCAGUUGCUCUUAACGCUGGAACCGACCUGAACUGCAACGGCGCUUAUAAGAACCUUGUUGAAUCCGUGGCCGAGAAUAUGACGACGGAGGCUACACUGGACCGGUCUUUAACUCGUCUCUAUCACGCUUUGUUUAGCGUGGGAUAUUUCGAUGGUGCUCCGGCAUGGGACGGUCUGUCCUGGGCCGAUGUCAGCACUGCUAGUGCCCAGGAUCUUGCGUAUCAAGCUGCUGUUGAGGGCAUGACGCUUUUGAAAAAUGUUGACGGAGCAGCGCUUCCACUGGAUGUGGCGACAUUUUCGUCAGUUGCACUAAUCGGGCCGUGGGCAAAUGCUACCACGCAGAUGCAGGGAAAUUAUUAUGGUGUGGCUCCAUAUCUGAUCAGCCCUUUGCAGGCUUUUGAGAAUAGGUUCAAAAGUGUAUUGUAUGCGCAAGGAACAUCAAUAUCUGGAUCGAAUGAUACGGGCUUCUCGGCAGCGAUCAAAGCGGGACAGUCCUCAGAUAUUAUCGUCUACAUGGGAGGCAUCGACACGACAGUAGAAGAAGAAGGAAUGGAUCGGACAUCAAUAAAAUGGCCUGGGAACCAGCUUGACUUGAUUUCGCAACUAAGUUCGCUCGGAAAGCCUCUAAUUGUUGUCCAAUUUGGAGGAGGCCAAGUUGAUGAUACAGCUCUACUACAAAACCCCAACGUUAGCGCUAUCAUUUGGGCCGGAUAUCCCGGUCAAAACGGUGGAAAUGCCCUAUUAGAUGUUUUGUCAGGCGCGAAAUCGGUUGCUGGCAGACUACCUGUGACUCAAUAUCCAGCUGAUUAUACAAGCCAAACCAGCAUCUUCAAUCCUGCCCUGAGACCGAACGACACAUUCCCUGGUCGCACUUACACAUGGUACAGUGGGGAAGCGGUGAUUCCCUUUGGCUACGGACUACAUUACACUAAUUUUACAUUUACCUGGAAGUCAACGCCGAAGUCAACAUAUAGUAUACAAGCUUUGAUAGAACAGCAAUCUAAUCAAGGUGGAUAUCUCGAGAAUGCAGAUUUCGCAAAUUUGUCAAUCGCUGUCAAAAAUAUCGGGGGACACGCAAACAUGGCAUCAGACUACGUCGCUCUCUUGUUUCUCUCAUCAUCUGAUAAUGCCGGCCCAUCCCCAAUUCCCAAAAAGUCUCUCAUCUCUUAUACUCGUGCCAGCGCUAUUCUAGUCAACCAGGAGCAGGAGCUCCAUUUGCCAAUCACGCUAGGUUCACUUGCCCGAGCCGAUGAGAACGGCAGCCUCACUAUAUAUCCUGGCGAGUACAUUGUAACUCUCGACACUGACGCGCGAUUGACUGCCACCUUCCGAUUGACUGGCAAAGCUGCCAUUAUCGAAGUGCUUCCUCCCCAGGCGGCAGAGUAUAACUAUACCAUACCAGUAUAUCGACAAGCCUGA